AUGGAGGCCCCUAUUCUGCUGCUGCUUCUUCUUCUUCUUCCUCUUCUUGCCGUAGGCGGUGGUGUGGUGCAAAACUUGUCUUUGUUGGCUCUAGCCCUGCCUCUGGCUUGCCUUCUCUUCGACCGUGUGUGGCUGAAGCCUCAGAGGGUCCGGUGGAAGCUCCAAAAGCAAGGGAUCAGAGGUCCUCAGCCCUCUGUUCUGUAUGGGAAUGUCCCUGAAAUUCAGAGAAUUCAGGCGGCGGCGAAGAAGGCGGAGAACCGCGGCGUAUUGGUUGCCCAUGACUAUACUUCCAACCUCUUCCCUUACUUGGAACAAUGGCGAAAAGAAUACGGUCCGGUAUUCACUUAUUCAACGGGGAACAAACAGCACUUGUACGUGAACCACCCAGAACUGGUGAAGGAAAUGAGCCAAUCUAUUAGCUUGGAACUGGGCAAGCCUUCUUACGUGACCAAGAGACUCGAACCCAUGCUCGGCAAUGGCAUUUUGAGAUCCAACGGUCAGUUUUGGGCCCGGCAGAGGAAGAUCGUCGCUCCCGAAUUCUUCAUGGACAAGGUUAAGGGGAUGGUGGGUCUAAUGCUGGUCUCUGCCCAGCCAUUACUGAGAAAAUGGGAGGGGUGCAUUGAUGCACAAGGUGGCCUGGUGGCAGAGAUAAGAGUGGAUGAGGACUUGAGGUGUCUCUCAGCAGAUGUGAUCUCCAGGGCUUGUUUUGGAAGCUCUUACUCCAAAGGCAAACUGAUCUUUUCCAAGCUUAGACUUCUCCAGAAAACCAUUUCCAUCCAAAGUGUUCUCUUCGGAGUUCCCACUUUUGGAAGCAGAUUUCUUCCUACCCGGAAGCAAAAGGAGAUGAGCAAUUUGGAGAGGGAGAUCGAGUCCUUGAUCUGGGAGGCAGUAAAAGAACGCGAACAAGAGUGCCUAGGGGCGCCCUCAGCCGAGAAGGAUCUAAUGCAGAUGAUACUAGAAGGCGCCAUAGUUAACGAUCAUUCUUCGGGAGUUAGCAGGGACUUCUCCUCCAAGCGCUUUAUCGUCGACAAUUGCAAGAACAUCUACUUUGCUGGGCAUGAGGCCACUGCUGUCGCCGCUUCAUGGUGCUUGAUGCUGCUGGCCCUCCACCCGGACUGGCAAGCUCGAGUGAGGGAGGAGGCGGCUCAGGUUUGCCAGGGAGGAUUGAUUGAUGCAGAGUCACUCUCCAAAAUGAAAAUGGUUACUAUGGUUAUCCAAGAGGCCUUGCGCCUAUACCCGCCAGCAGCAUUUGUCUCGAGGGAAGCCCUAGACGAGACUCAAAUCGGGCACAUCAGUGUCCCUAAAGGAGUGUGCACUUGGACACUAAUCCCAACCCUCCACCGUGACCCCGAUAUAUGGGGAUCCGAUGCCAACGAGUUCAAGCCUGAAAGGUUUGCCAAUGGUGUCUCCGGCGCUUGUAAGAUUCCCCAGACGUAUGUCCCGUUCGGCUUAGGACCUCGCUUGUGCUUGGGCCGCAACUUCGCCAUGGUCGAGUUGAAGCUUGUCUUGGCACUCGUCGUCUCGAAGUUUACCUUCUCUCUGUCUCCUAAAUAUACACACUCCCCGGUUUUCAGGAUGAUUGUAGAGCCAGGGGAUGGUCUGCAUAUCCUCAUUCAGAGAUCUAAAUUUGGCUGAUUGUUUUUUCUUUCUUUUUUCAAUUGUUUACAGAGGUUUGUGAACAUUUUAUAUAGGUUGGUAUGUGUCUGGAAUGUAAUUUGAAUAUGGUUGAUAAGGUGUUUUUUUUUU